AUGCAGUCGCACAGCAGCCGACACUGCAUAUCGGACCACCUCCGGGACCGUCACCCGGAUAGCACGCCGGCGGAGGCCACGGACAUCAUCCCCACGGAGAUCGCAGUGGCCUACUCGCGCCGCGCCGUGCCCAAGCUGGUCGACGUGAUGCGCCUGGAGGACGGCGUGCUCUCGGACGAGGAGCUCGCCCACUGUCUCCGGGUGUUCAACGAGCUUCUCUCCGACCAGGAGGCCAAGGCGGACGCCAUCGCGUGCGAGGCGGGCAAGCAGCUCACCCGCCACGCCCGCAGCACUGUGCUGGAGGUGCAGCAGCUGUGCUGCCGGGGCCUCACGUGCCUCGCGAAGACCAUGGUCGGCCGCUUCCACUGCAUCGAGUCCGAGGCGAUCGAGGUCAUGUGCAGCGUCCUCCCGUCGUGCCCCGUCGAAGCCACGGAGUGCCUCCUAGCUAUAUCACAGGGCCAGGAGGGCAUCCUCGCGAUCAUGGACUCGCCCGCGGGCGUCGUCGCGACUAUCACGGACGGCGUGAUAGCGAGCAAGACGCACUCCCCGCCCGCCGCGCUCGCCAACGCGGUGAACAUGGUAGCGCGCGUGGUCUCCGUUGACCGCGGGAUCAUGCAGGCGCUCGAGGCGCACGUCCCCGCGGCCGUCGUUGCGCUCGCGGACCACACCACGCAGGGCGCGCUGCGGGGCAGCCUGGGCCGGACCGCCCGCAUCGGCUGCGCCGACGUCAUGCGCCACCUCUGCCACCACCCGUGGGGCAAGGUGCAGCUGCUCGAGCCGUUCCCGGGCGACCGCCCCGUGCAGGCGACGACCGUCCUCGGACGCAUGCUCGCGAGCCCGGACCUCCCGGUACGCAAACGCGCCGCCCAAGCCCUCAUGGGCCUCAGCGUCGAGCCACAAGCGAAGCUCCCCGUCGCCAACGAGUGCGGGGAUCUGCUCAUCGGCAUGAUGAAGGACGCGACGGGGCUGCUGGAGCGCGGCGCGGUGGACCUGGAGAUGCUGGAGAACGCGCGCGACGCGCUGCUGAACUGCGCGGAGCACCCGCGGUUCCGCACGGACUGCGCCAUCCACUUCAACAAGCAGGAGUGGGACCUGCUCGUGGGGGACCCCGCGGGGUCGAACCUCAGCAUGUCGAUGCUCUAG